AUGGCAGACCUGCUGAAAGACAAGGUGGCUAUCGUAACGGGGGCCGGACGCGGCAUCGGACGCGGCGCAGCCCGCUUGAUGGCCGAGGAGGGUGCCAAAGUCGUCGUCUGCGACCUGGGCGUCAACGUUGACGGUUCCGGGACUGACAUGUCGGUGGCUGAGAUGGUGGUUUCCGAGAUCCGCGAGGCCGGCGGUGAGGCAGUGGCCUGUACCGAGAACGUCGCCAGCAUGGCGGGCGGCGAGACAAUCGUACAGACCGCACUCGAUAACUACGGCAAGCUGGAUAUCGUGGUCACCGUGGCGGGCAUCCUGCGGGACCGCAUGGUCUUUAACAUGUCUGAGCAAGAGUGGGACGAUGUAAUUGCGGUCCAUCUCAAGGGCACGUUCUCGGUGGUCAAGAACGCCUCCGUUGUGUUCAGACAGCAGAGGUCGGGGCGGAUCAUCACGUUCAGCUCGACGUCCGGACUGUACGGAAACUCAGGGCAGGCGAACUACGGCGCAGCCAAGGAUGGCAUAGCGGGCUUCACCCGGGUCGUGGCCAGGGACAUGGGGGCGAUACGGCGUUACCUGCAACGCCAUUUCACCCAGCGCCGCGACGAGGAUGACCACCAGCAUUCCCGACGAGGCCCGGGAGCUCCGCGCAGCCCGAGGCAUCAGCACCGGGGCCAGCGUGACCCUGAGGGGCGAGGCUGA